AUGGACGAACGCCAUCGCCACCCUCUCAAUUUGGAAAGUGACACCAUCUCUUGUCAGUUUGCGGAAAAUUAUGCCGCUGCCCAGGUAUAUCGUGUUGCAAUGUUGAUACCGUUUAUCAGCUCAGCCUUUACUUGUCAGUCUGCGGAAAAUUAUGCCGCUGUCCAGUGGCCAACGGAAGGUCAGGACGGAUAUGGUCUGCUGACCGCUACUUUUGACCUUCGACCUGACGCUAUCGCCCACGGACAGCCACUGGAGCUCACCGUCGCUGGUCACAUGAGCAGCGAAAUAAGGGACAUGUUUUCAAUCAAUUGA